AUGAAUUCUUUAAUUUAAUAACAUCGAUCAGCAUCAAGUAGACACCGUAGUUUUUUGAAUAUCACAACAUCUCAACAAUUGAGAAUGCAAUCUCCUCUUACUUACACAGAAAAUAGUUAAAUCAAUUAGAAAGAUCUCAUUCAUAAAUUAGUUUAAACACUUAGAUUAUAGCCCACAAAAAAGAACAAGGAAAAUAAAAAUAAAUAACAAAAGGCAAGAUCCUAAUUAAAUUCCGGUUAAAAAUAAAGAGUCCUAGAAGAUAGACUCUAAAAGUUAGAAACAGCUAAUUCUCCCACUCUUGGAUCUUAAAAUAGAAGAAUGUUCAACUAAACCUUACCACAUAUAACCUAGCCCAGAUAUAAGAAUUUUAAAAUGUUACAAUUUUUAGGUAAGGGAAGAUAUAGUAAUGUUCAUUUGGCUAUAGAUGAAAACACUAAUUAUCAUGUGGCCUUAAAAAUCAUGAAAAAGGCUUAAAUUUAAUAAAUGUCACAAUCCAUAGCUCAAGAAAUAAAAAUAUAAUAUCUUCUUAACCAUCCAAACAUAGUUAAACUAUACACAUUUUUUUAAAACAGUAUUGUAAUGUAAUAAUAAUUAGCUGAUGAAAUUGUUUUAGUAUUGGAAUAUUGUCCAAAUGGCUAAAUCCAUAAAAUUCUUAAAGGUUUACCAGAAUGCAGUUUUCCAGAAAAGUUGGCGUCUUCAUAUAUUCGAUAGAUUUUAAGUGCUUUGAUUUAUUUACACAGAAAUGGUAUUAUUCAUCGAGACCUAAAGCCAGAGAAUAUAUUUUUAUGUUAUGUAAAUAAAUAAUAGUUUAUUUUAGAAUCAAAUAAAAAUUGCUGAUUUCACAUAUUCAGUAUAUUCUCCUGAAGAUCAGAGACAAACUUAAUGUGGAUCUUUGGCAUAUUUAUCUCCAGAGAUAAUAAGAGGAGAGAAUUAUGAUAAAAGUACUGAUAUGUGGUCUCUUGGAGUAUUAGCUUAUGAAUUAUGCUGCGGUGAGACACCUUGGGAAGAUCUCAGAUAAGAUGAAAUGCAAUAAAUGAUACAAGAUGGAAUUAUUAAAAUACCUGAUUCUUUUUCUUGUGAAUUAAAAGAUUUCAUUAGUAAAUUAGUUACAUCUGAUUCCAAAAGUAGAAUGACAGCUAAACAAGCUAUUAAUCAUCCUUGGGUUCAAUAAUAUGAAGAAUAAUUAACAAAAUAUGAAUUUAAUCUUUGA